AUGUCUUCCACAAAUCACCCUCAGAAACCCAGCGACAAGCAACUCAGCAACCGGAAAUGUUUCAUUAUGGGCCUUUCGAAAUGCAUGACACCCCCGCAAUCCCAGCGUAUUAUGGCCCUACGGCCAGUGAACGACUUUGCGCCGCGUCUGGUGCCCAACGACAAGAAACGCAAAGCAGCCUCCAAGACUACGACGAAGCCUACAGACCGAACUAUACUUCUUGCAAAGUCCGACAACCCUGCGAUUCCAGAUGUGGUUCUUCAGCCUGCGGCGCCACGUGAGAUGGGAAUGAAGGUAGAGGAUCGUCUCUUCGACCGGCGUGGCUCAGAAUUCGUUUUGCGCAAGUCGAAAAGCUGGGGUCAGUGCAGCACUUCCACCCGCUCAGCGGCUGGUGGUCCUGAGCCGCCUUCGCACGAAAAAACGGCGGAGGUUCACAAGGAGCCCUCGAAAGCUCAGACAGGUGCAUCUGACAACACCAAGCGCGAUGCGGAAGAUCAGGAUAUGGAUAAGGAACUGGAUGCAACAUCUCAAUUUGACUAUUGUCUCCCAGAAUUGAGAGUGACCCCACCCGAAGAUGGCAACAGGAAACCUGGAUGGGGGGAGGGUGGCAAGAAGGUCAGGAUAGUGAGACGUCUGCUUGCGCUUUUCAAGAGGAAGAGCAAGGCAGGCAGGAAGAAGGCGGUGAAGGAGAACACCUGGAUGUCAAAGGAAAAUAACAACAAAUAG